AUGUCUGAGCAUGCGAUUCUGUUGGCUGCGUGGAAACAGGGACAGGAUCUGUUGCGGCAGCUCCAGCCCUUUCUGUGGCCUCAAACUACCCCAGUCGACGCAGCCCGCAACGUUGUCUUUUCUUGCUUUAUCCUACAUGUACUCCAACGCGCUUACUGGCAACUCAAAGGCCGUGGGGUGGUCGGCACCGCAGCUGAGUUUUAUCACAAUGUUCGGAAGAUUGCCUACGGAUAUCUCCUUCGGACCCCCUGGAUCCGCCGCAAGGUGCAGAAGCAAGUGCAAGAGGCAUUGACCAGGCUAUCCGAGCAAUUCUCCGCCCACAAUCACCCGCGGCAUUUGACACUGCCGAAGGAAGGUCUUCAGGUAGGAACGAUCUUGUCUGAACUCGAUAAUUUGGCCAAUUUGGACCAUACGCGCUGGGAGGAUGGAUACGUAUCGGGCGCCGUUUAUCACGGCGAGGAUGCUCUGAUACAGUUGCAGACAGAGGCCUUCGGCAAGUUCACUGUCGCCAACCCGAUCCAUCCGGACGUCUUCCCCGGAGUACGCCAGAUGGAGGCCGAGAUCGUGACCAUGGUGCUUCGCUUGUUUAAUGCUCCCGACACAGCAGCUGGCGUCACGACGGCUGGCGGAACUGAGAGUAUACUGAUGGCCUGUUUGAGUGCUCGCCAGAAGGCAUACGUCGAGCGAGGUAUCACCAAGCCAGAAAUGAUCAUCCCCUGCACCGCACAUGCCGCCUUCCGGAAAGCCGGUGAAUACUUUAAGAUCAAGGUCCACACUGUCGCCUGCCCAGCCCCUAGUUACCAGGCAAAUGUGCGUGCCAUGUCCCGCCUGAUCAACCGUAAUACUAUUCUCCUCGUCGGCUCAGCACCCAAUUUUCCCCACGGGAUUGUCGACGACAUCGCCGCGAUCUCCAAGCUCGCUGCGCGCCACAAGAUUUGCCUCCAUGUGGACUGCUGCCUGGGCUCUUUCCUCAUGCCCUUCCUUAAACGGGCGGGAUUCCCCGCCCCUGCCUUUGAUUUCCGGCUGUCCGGCGUGACGAGCAUCAGCUGCGACACGCACAAGUAUGGGUUUGCGCCCAAAGGAAACUCCACCGUGUUGUACCGGACGGCUGAGCUCCGCACUUACCAGUACUUCGUCGACCCGGAGUGGUGCGGAGGCGUUUACGCGUCCCCAGGAAUAGCGGGCUCGCGACCAGGGGCGUUGAUUGCCGGGUGCUGGGCGAGCUUGAUGUCAGUCGGAGAGAACGGCUACCUGCAGGCCUGUACGCAAAUAGUCGGUACGGCGAAAGAAAUCGCCACGGCCAUCAGAACGAACCCCUUGCUGGCCUCGGAGCUGUUUGUGCUAGGAAACCCCUUGGUGUCGGUUGUCGCAUUUGGUGCCCGCCACCUGGAUGUCUAUAGGAUUGCGGACGGGAUGCUCAACAAAGGCUGGCACCUGAACGCCAUGCAGGAUCCGCCGGCCAUCCAUGUUGCAGUAACCAUGCCUAUUGUCAAAGUUUGGAUGCGUUUGAUUGCGGACUUGGAAGCGGUAGUGCAGAGUGAGCGGAAGGAGGUCGAGAAACGACUUGAGGCUGGGGAGAGUAUUCCUGAGCCGACUGGCAACUCGGCCACGCUGUAUGGUGUUGCUGGAUCGCUACCGAACAAGGGUAUUGUCGUAGAGCUGACGAGGGGUUUCUUGGAUUUGCUGUACAAACCUUGA